UGUUGUCUUUAUGUCCUCCGGUCUAGAUUGAGCAAAGAAUUAUACUCAAAAUUUUGCUAACAUUUCAUAAAAAUAGUUGUGUAAAAUAUAGCAUUUCAGUGUUCUUAAUAUAGAAUUGAGACAUAUCAAUAUAAUCAGUAUAGUGUAAAUCAAGCUGUUUUCUACAACACCUUCAGACCAUAGAUCACUAAAUACUCAUGGCUGUCAGAGGGAUAGACUAUGGUACUGCAUCAAAACCUUGGACGGAUAUCAUGGAUGACCUGGACAAUGGUGUGGAGAAUAUAACAGCUGAGGACGACAGACUCCUCCAGCUAACUGAGAAAAUGGAGGCACAGACAUGUGACAGGAAGUUUCUACCAGUCAAGAUUGCAUUUCAUAAAAACAAGUGCGAGAGGUUGCAGGCCUUUAAUCGCAGGCAGAGAGAUGAUGUAAAUGGAACAAAAGUUGCCCCCAGGCACCAGAAAGGGUCUAAAGACAAGUGCAACCAAAGGUCUGAUAGAGACAAACAAAUCAGAGACCUUCAAGGCAAAGUUGCAAAGCUCUCCAAUCUGCUGGAGAUAGAGACGGGGAAGAAAAAGUCUGUUUUGUCAGGCCUUCAGAAAGAGCAGGACAGGAGCAAACAGCUGUGUGAUGAUUUGCAGAAAUAUAAAGAUCUUCUCAAGCUUGAAAAGAAUUCUGAGGUAAAAAGUGUCCAGGCGUCUGCAAAUGUAGAUAUAGAGGCCAAGAUAAGCUCUCUAAUAAAGGAGAGAGAAUUGCUAACAAUUAAGCUACAGAACGAGCAAACCAUGAGGCAGCAGCUGGAGGAUGAGUUGCAGGAGUGCAAAGAUGUGAAUCAAAUUAAACCAGAAGCUUCUGGGCCCAACAUUUUGACAAAAUUUCACUGUCGGACUUCAAGGUACUCAAGUGGAGAUAUGAUUGAACUUCAACAUAUAGGGUUAAGUCAGAGACCUUGGGAGGAACUAAAGACACAAAUCCUUGAGCUGUCGACCAGACUAGACACUGAGAUAAAAAAGAACAAUUCUUUGUCCAAAGAGAAUGAGUCUUUAACGGCUGAGCUUGAGAAAUGCAGGGAAGCUCUUUUUCAGAAACAUGAAACACCCGAGUCCAGCGCUUUUACAGACAAAAUGAAGUUCCUGGAAAAAGAAAAGAAGGAUCUUUACAACAAUGUCAAGAUUGAGCAGGAGGUCAACAAGGCCCUUCAGAGAGAAGCUGAAAGUCUUUUUACCAAACUGCAGACAGAAGAAAAAAAGAGCAAUGAUCUGGAAAGAUGGAUCAAAAGUGAAUCUGCUAAACUCCAAAAGGAGCGUCGGCAGAGGCUAGAGCUGGACGUUCAGUUGGAUAAACAGGCAGUCACCCAUAAACGAGAGCUGGACGCCCUGAAGGAGUCCAGAGCUGAGAUUAAGACCCUUCAUAAGGACAUUGAGAGCCUUAAGGGAACUGUCCUGGAGCUGUCCUCUAAACUGGAACUGGAAGAAGAGCUCAGCAAAAGUCUGAACAUUCUGAAUGAAAGGCUCUCUAUCAAUUUGGAAAAGGUUGCCAACUCAGAAAUUCUGGGACAGCUCCAUACUGAAAAAGAGGCUGACCGCAAAAAGAGUCAACACUUCUUUGGACGUCGUAAAAAGAACAAGGAAAGGCAGAAAGAGGAGGAGUCCACCACCACAUCUACUUCCACACCUUCAUCCCAGCGUCAAACUCAAAACCUUUUUCAAGUAAGGAAAAAGCAAAGAUCAGGAGUAUCCAUGGACGUGACAGACACAAAUAAAGUUGCCGGAUCCAAACCAUGGACUGAGAUUAUGGAUGACAUGGAAAAUGACAUGGACCGUGUAACCACAAACCUUGGCAAUGAUUGUAAGGAUGAGGACAUCCCCAAAAAGGAGCAAUGUGGGAGACCUCAGGUCAGUAAUCGAAGGCAAAGGGAGGAGGUGAAUCGUCUUAAAGGAGCCCCACGGCCCCAAAAAACUACAAAAGAAAAGGUCAACCAGAGGCCUGAGAGAGACCGCGACAUUGAGCAUCUCCAGAGUAAAAUAACAAGACUCUCCAAUCUCCUGGAGAUGGAAACAAGAAAAAAGAAAUCUGUCCUGACUGACCUGUGCAAGGAGAGGGAGCUGAACAGGAAGUUGGGAGACGAUCUGCAGAAAUACAAAGAAAACACCAAAGUGUCAGUUAGGGGCAACAUUCAGGAAGAAAAUUACAGUAAUCCAAUGCAAACAUCUGUGAACCCUGAAAAAGGCACCAACAUGAAUGACUGUCUUUCAAAGGAAAAAGAGUCCAUCUUGAUGGAGCUGCAGAAAGAGAGAACCAUGAGAUGGAAAUUAGAAGAGGAGUUGCAGAAAUGUAAAGAUGCUAUACUGCAAACAUCUGAAGCCUCUCAGUCCAAAAAUCCGCAAAACGACAAGAUUGAAACCAACAACAAGCUUGAGCAGGAAAUGGGUGAAGACCUUAAGGCUCAAAUUGUCAAGUUAUUGACUAGACUGGAGACAGAAACCAAAAAGAGCAAUUCUCUGGUGAAAGAAAAAGAGACUAUAACCACAGAGUUGCAGAAAUGCAAAAAUUCCCUUCUGCAGAAAUCUGAGACGUUAGAGUCAAGCACUAUGAUGGAGAACCUCUGCCAGAAACUUAAGAACUUAGAGAAAGAAAAGUUUGAGGUGAACAACAAGCUGAAGAUCGAGCAGGAGGUGAACCAAUCGUUCCAGAGAGAAGCUGAAAGUCUAUUUGCCAGACUGCAGACAGAGGAGAAGAAGAAUGGUGAUCUAGAAAGGUGGAUGAAGAGUGAAUCAACAAAGCUGCAAAAGGAGCGUCGCCAGAGGCUUGAGCUUGAUGUUCAGUUGGACAAACAGGCAGUCGCUCACAAACGAGAGCUGGACGCUUUGAAAGAGUCCAGUGCUGAGAUUGAGACAAUACGUCAGGAGGUGGAGGGUCUGAAAGCAACAAUACUGAAGCUCUCCACCAAGCUGGAGCUGGAAGAGGAGCUGAGUGAAAGCCUACGCAUCCUUAACGAGAGGCUUUUUUCCAGCCUGGAAACUGAGACCAAGAAGCUGGAGAAGGAGCAGGGCUGGAGACUUAAGCUGAAUGACAACCUGCAGAAAGAGAAAGACGCUCACAAUCAGGAGUUGGAGGCUCUCGGCGAGGAGCUGGAAAAGCUCAAGGUGGACAACACAGAGAUCCUGGGCCUGCUACAGGCGGAGAAAGAAGCCGGGCACAAAAAGAGCCACCAUUUCUUUGGACGCCGCAAAAAAAACAAGGAAACGCAGGUAGAGGAGUCUACAACAACAUCUACGUCAACAUCUCAGCGCAUCAGUAACUGCUGAACAGAAGGUGAUGAAGCUUCGAUGAUGGAAAAACUGUUUUUAAAACACCAUUGUUGAUCAGUUUUUGAUGUGAACUAAUCAGCUCACGUACUACUGGGGUGUUACAGCUUUGGUAUUCCCUUUAUUAAAAUGUGUCAAACUACCAUUCUGUCAUAAAUAAGCUCUCAUCUUGGCCAACUGUUGGCUGACUGCAAUUUUAGCUGUUGUUUUGGUUUACCAAUUUUCAGGUUUUCCUAAAUUCUAUUGUUUAUUUUUACUGUUUAUUUUUACUUUUUGUUCAAUUUGCUAAUAUGAGACGUAUCUUUAUAUAAGUUUUAGCACUUUUUGCCCAAAUAAUAGCUACUCUCUUUUUAAACUUAGCUGUCUUGAUUUGUUUUUCUUGUUGUUUUUUUUUGCUCAGGAUUAAACAAGUUUAGAGCUAAUUUUAGGCAGCUGUCAUAGUUUUAUACUAUACUUUUUAUGUAAUAUUUUAUUUAAAUAAAUAGAUAUCUGGUGAUUUUCUGGCUUGGCUUCUCAUGUAUCCAGGUUAAUUAAACCAAAGUGUGGGUUUUAUUCUAAUAUUUUGACUAUUUAAAAAAAACAUUUGCCAACAUAACCAUGUCUGGGCUACUUUAUUAAUUUGGCAAAAUUUAAGCUUGGCUGUGCCUGUGUAAAAAUACAUUAUUUUUUUGCUGUAUUUGUCAAUCAAUGUUUAGAUUUCUCUAGGUUAAUGUUUAGCUCAUAAUGUUGUAAUUCUAAUCGACUAUUGUUUUGGGUUUGUUUUUUUCAUUUUUUGCUUUUUCAUCAAAGUACAUUUUUGGUGCAAUUGUUUAACCGUCCUAUGCUCGUUCAAGCGAUUUUUUUUAAAUCAACAUUUGGCUAUUUGUUACAAUUAUAAGUCAACUUUAACUCUUAACUAAAAACUGUUAACUAAACACUUUGCAAUAAGAUAUGACUGUUGUGUAAGCUGCAGAAGCCAAGUUGAGCAUUUUACACUUGAGAGAAUAUAAAGACACUUUGCCACAAGUCUCUGGAUUUGAUCUACACUGUAGACUUGUGAUUAUUAAUUGAAAAAAACACCAGGCAAGUCCAAAAAUUGUUUUAUCAUAAAUUCAGCUUCUGUGACCAUUAGUUAAAGUGCAGUGAAAAAGGAGAGAAAAAAAUUGUAUGAUGAAAUGUGUAUUUAAAUCAUGAGUAAAGUUAGGAAUCAGGCAAGAAGUGAUGGAAACAAAACGUGUGAAGAAGACAGUCAUGGAAUAUAACAGAUGCCAUCGGCUGAAACAAAUAGACCUGGGACUUAAUGAUUGAAUUGACCUUCAAAAUAAUCCUUUGGAUAAAAAGUGCUUGGUUUGAGAUGUUUCCAUUUUUGUGGAAUCUGCUGGUAGUUUAUGUUAAGAUUAAAUGAUGAAUAAACACUUAAACCCUAUAAUGCCCUUUUUGAAUGU